AUGCUUGUCCCUGCCCUUGAGAUCCGACUACUUCGUGAGCUGGGUUGCCUGCUCCAUCGCCGGACUCUACGUCGAAUACUGGUCCGAGGUACUUCCCAGGCAGGCGUGGGCGUCCACGGUGUCUUGCCAUGGACUGCUGCUGAUUGUGGUGGCUUCGUUUGCUUCCGCCGUGUGCAUCUCCCCACCAGUGCAGGAGGCUCCUCGAUUUCAGCAGUUGAGAGCUGUCACUCAAAAUUUGCAGUACUUGUGCAAAGUCUGCGGCCAUUCCGUCUAUGGUCGAGAUCAUCAUUGCGUGUGGAUAAAUCAAUGCGUGGGCGCACACAACCACCGAUCCUUUGUGCUCUUCCUCACCAGCUUGACCACCCUGGCGUGGGCCUAUGCAUUCAUGGUGCUCUCUGCAUCCGCAUCGCAGGAAGGAGAGACGCCCUUCAACUAUCUGAUGCUGCAUCUGGCAGACUGGCGCCUGAAGCCUUCGAUGGCCGGGGCGCUAUAUGCGUUUGGCGGUGGCCUCUUCACCGUCAUGCUGCUACUCGGACAGCUCUUGACAAUCAGCAAGGGCCUCACCGGCCAUGA